AUGGCGGUGGGAGCGGUGGCACUUGUGGGGCAGUGGAAAGGACGCGGAGACGGCAGAUUUGGCGGCGGUGGUGGCGGCAGAAAUAGAAUCGAUUCGAUAGCUCUGUCGCCGCCAGGGUCCGCCGCGGUCGCCAAAGAAAGUGUGCAUGCUGCUGACAGAGGGCUUUACGCCACGUGCCAGAAGAUGCCAUCGCAUGCUGACAGAUUCGCGGAGAAGCUCUUUAACACGGACAGUCUAUGCAUUGACAAAUGUUGCCCUCAAGGACAAGUUGUGAAUUUGAUUAAUGAAACUGCUACAUGUGUUCGCAACACUUCGCAGCGUCUUCCAUAUCGAGUUGUUGAUAAACUCGACACACCCGUAGAAUAUAAAUUCCCCGACGGAUACUUUUGCGAGGAAGGGAAUUUAAAAAAGGGCUCUUCUAAAUACGUCAGGGGAGCGAGUUUACGCUCUACAGAUCUGGAUCGUGUUUACCGAUUGUUUACAGAAGAAGUGAAGUGUGUGGACCACGUGAAUGCUCUUUCGGUGUAUUUCUUCCUCGUAGCAGCUAACGUGUGGGUGAAUGUUCUCACAUUAGACAUAGCAGAUGGACUACGACGGCCGCUGCAUGAACGUGCUGUGGGGGACACUGGGCGAUGGAAACGCACAAUAAUCUUCAGCAUCUACGCCUGGGGUUUCGCAGCUGUUCUCACGUCCUUUGCAGCACAUGCAGAGUUUAAUCCCCAAUCUACUCUUCCUAAGCCGACAUACCUAGAAACACGAACGUGUCGUUUUGAGGAGUGCGGUUACUUGGGAAGACAUGCAACAUUGACAUAUUAUUAUGGGCCAAUAGGAACGUUAUUUCUGGUGAACUUGGCUAUCUAUGCAUAUUUGGCAAUACGGCUUGAUCAACUCAACGCUGAUUCAGAAAUGGUGGAUGAACAAGCAAUGAAUGACCCGGCACCAUCACAUCGCAGUGGAACGAUAUUCUUCCGCCUUCUGAUGAUGAUGGGCACAAUCGAGUGGGUGGUGGAAUUCACCAUGUGGGGGCUGAGAGGCAAAUUCAGAACGACUGAAUACUUGGAAAAGUACAAACGUUUUGCGACGAUAGAGGAUGAACACCAGUCACAGGUGAGUUGAACAGACAUGCCAUAUGCGGAUGAAGUCGUAGGCUUCCGCGGCCAGUCAUGUGCGUGAUCUGGGCUGUCCGGGUGACGCCGCG